AUGUCGGGUCUCCAGUUAAUAUAUCUCGUGACAGUGUUUUGUGUGGUUAACGCCGCUGUUACAGUUAACAUAUAUGAAGAAGAUUCGAACAGCAACGAAACAGACUACAAGGAUGAGUUCGACAAUGAAAUAGAAGGGGAACAAAAUUCAGCUUUACUUAAAAAACAUUGUAGACCAGAAAUCUGUAAUCAUCAUUGUCAGAUUCAGGGUUACAGCGGCGGUUCUUGUAAAAGCGGGCGUUGCGUCUGUAACCAGAAUGAUGACCUAUAUCAUGAGAAGGUCAAUGAACUCAAGAGCUGUAACUAUCAAGCGUGUGAUCAGUUGUGCCGUCGACUGGGAUUCCCGGGAGGUGUGUGUGUUGGAGACCGCUGCAAGUGUGACAACUUCAAGAAUGAAUUGAACCUCCAAAAUAUUAAUGAACUCAAGAGCUGUAACUAUCAAGCGUGUGACCAGUUGUGCCGUCGCCUGGGAUUCCCGGGAGGUGUGUGUGUAGGAGACCGCUGCAAGUGUGACAACUUUAAGAAUGAAUUGAACCUCCAAAAUAUUGACGAACUCAAGAGCUGUAACUAUCAAGCGUGUGAUCAGUUGUGCCGUCGCCUGGGAUUCCCGGGAGGUGUGUGUGUUGGAGACCGCUGCAAGUGUGACAACUUUAAGAAUGAAUUAACUUCUCAUAUCAUUAAUACAAAAGAGGUUGACUUAAAUGAAGUGUCCGAAAACAACAAGGAGAAUGAAAUGGAAUGUAGUAAUAGUGCAUGUGAAAUCAAUUGUCAGAGUCUUGGAUUACCCGGAGGAUAUUGCAUUGAUGGGCAGUGCAUCUGCUAUAAGAAUAGCAAAGUCAGAUCUCUGCGAACCUGCGAUGUGGUUGCCUGUAACGAUAUGUGUCAUCGAAUGGGCUACAUAGUAGGGAUGUGUAGACAGGGCUCUUGUUAUUGUUAUUAA